UUCAGCAAACGCAAGAGGUGUCACGAGCGCGCGAGGUGUGUUCACCGGAAUCUUAAGGAAAACUUUAGUCCAGGUGUGCUGUAAGUUUGAACCCGUAAAGUAGUGUUUACAGUUUUUAUUUACGUUUGUUUACGGGAAGUAAACAUGUCUUUACGAAAGUUUUGAACCGGUACAUGGGAUUUCGCCUCAGAGAGGAGAGAGAGAGUGUGUGUACGGUUGAUGGAGUCCGGCGCGUGCGAUGAAGCGAGUCUCCGCGCGCUCUUCCGCGCGUUCGACCUCGACAGUUCGGGUCUUAUUGAGAAAGGGGAGUUCGAGAAGAUGUGCUCGGAGCUGCACGUGCCCUCGGCGGACAUCGAUGACAUAUUCACGAGACUGGACGCGAACGAGGACGGAGCGAUAAACAUGGACGAGUUCAUCCGCGGGUUUCAGGCGGCCUCCAGUCUGGCGAGUGAAGCAGGGAUGAGCCAGACGGUGGACGGUGCCGAGGCUUUCACACUGGCCUGGGAGGACUUCAGGAGACGGAUCGGGGAACUGACCAAGUUUAUCCCUCGAAUUGAUCAGGUUUCGACUCUGUACGAAAACAUCAGUCUGACCGACACCAGGAUGAUUCCCCAGUAUGAGAAAGUCCUUCUAAACUUCACCAGAGAGAUCAAACUCCAGAGUAAAGAGAUGGAGCGCCUGGCGCUGGCUGCCAAAAGGGCUCAGGACCAGGUUGCCAUUCAGAUGAGUGCGAUGGAGGAGGAAAUGGACCAGCGCAUUCACACAACAGCGAAAAACACACGCAUGGAGGAGUCGAAGAAGGCAGAGGCAGCACUGAGCAUUGUGAAAGAGCAGUACGAAGCUCAGCUGAGCGAGUUACGGCAGACGGUCCUCACCCUGCAGAUGUUUGAAGACCAGAACAAGAGCACCAGCCUCAAAGAAGAAAUCCUAGCACUGAAGCGAAAGAAUAAUGAGCUGACCCUGCAAAACCAAAAGCUGAAGCAGGAACUGCUGGAGUCACACACCAAUAUAGCGUUUCUGCAGAGUGAGCUGGACUCCCUCAAGAGUGAUCUCACUGACCAGAGCAUCAGUCUCGAGCGCGAUGAAGCCCUGAUGAGGUCUUUUAAUGAGGAAAGAGACAACCUAGAGAGGCAGGUUGAGCUUCUUCAGUUAGCAAACAGGAAGCUUCACGACACCAACGAUGGUCUGCGUAUGACUCUGGAGAACAGCCAGAGCAAGAACAAGAAUCAGAGAGGUAGUGGACUGUCUCCUUCAAGUACCAUCAAUAGGACAAAGGCCAUGUGCACCCCAUAUUUUGAAAGGUGCUGUAAGGUCUACAGGGACGACGAAUACGAUCAGCUGCGGAUAGCUGAGUGCCUGCAAACUCCCAGCAGAGAGUCUUUAGCUCUGGCUCUGUGUGAUCCCAUGCGCAGACACAGCAGCUGUGAGGUGGACAGCCUGGACGAGAGCUGCGUGGACAGCGGCAUGUCCACUCUGCGCUCCAACAACGGCUAUGACUCGGAGCAGGAGAGCAUGGGUCGAAGCGUCCCUCGCAUGGCUGCCUUCGGCUACUCAGGAGACACGUCAGACACGGAGGUGCCGGAUGUACGAGACAAGACAGCGUGUGAAUCAGACAGCGAGUCUGUCCUGAACAUGACUUUCAAUCCCGUCGACACACAAGACUUCACCGUGUCAGGGAAGAAAUGUCUUAAAGCCAUCUUCGACGGGAAACUGAUGGAUGAGACAGUGAUUAUGGCUCAGGGAUCUGAAAAAACAUACAAGAUCGUAUUAGCAGGUGAUGCUGCAGUGGGCAAGUCCAGCUUCCUCCUACGCUUGUGUAAAAACGAGUUUAAAGGCAUCACCAGCACCACGCUGGGAGUUGAUUUCCAGAUGAAGACUCUUGUGGUAGAUGGAGUGCCGACGGUGCUGCAGCUUUGGGAUACAGCGGGCCAGGAAAGGUUCAAAAGCAUUGCAAAAUCCUACUUCAGACGGGCCGACGGUGUUCUCCUGCUCUAUGACGUAACCUGCGAGAAGAGUUUUCUAAAUGUGCGAGAAUGGGUGGACACCAUAGAGGAUGUAUCCCAGGAUAAAAUCCCCAUUAUGCUGGUCGGGAAUAAGACAGAUCUACGGCAGCAGGCUCUUCAGGAUGGCGUCACAUGCAUCUCAACCAGCUACGGAGAGAAACUAGCCAGGGCUUACAGCUCCCUCUUCUGUGAGACGAGUGCAAAGGAUGGCUCAAACAUCAUCGAGGCAGUGCUCCAUUUAGCUCGAGAGGUUAUUAAACAUGCACAUGAGCGCAAGGGCACAACCCUGGGACCAAUCCUGUCUGGAAGCCCCAACAGCAAGCUCACUAACUCGAAGUGCUGCAGGGCCUGAAGCAUGUCCUUUAUCAUCUUAAGCACACAUGCACUGUGUGUUUCACAAUGAUGGCCCCUGUGUGGACUCUAUGAGGACUUUAUACAUUUCUAUGCAUAUCUGUAUUGCACCCUACCUCUGAUUGCACAGCUCUAAAGACUUUCAUGUUUUUUACACACAGGCGGGAUUCACACCGGCUACAUUUUCUGCGUGUGAUCACCCCCCCCCCUAAAUAUACUGUUUUGCACAUAUAAAAGACCACUUGUUAGUAAUCAGGUGUUAGUAAAAGAUGUAAACCUUUAAUCAGUUAGUGCCUUAUGACCUGACUAGUUUUGUAAUCUGUUUGCAAGUCAAAUCAUGCCUGAAUUUAUUUUUUAGAUAGGAGUUAAAAACUUUUAUUUAUGAUAACGAACGCUAAUCAUGAUGUGAAAUGAUUGCAUAGAAUAUCAGGAUGGAUACGACAUGUUUAUUUUCCUUUCCUAUUAAACCAGAUUCAUAUCUGAAACGUGGAUUUACCCCGAGAGAUCCUUGUCUGUUUGUUAUUCAGACAAAUGUAGCAUGAAGAUAUUAUAUAUUUAAGUAGUUAUAUGAAAUGGACCUAAACAAAUGGGAAAAAAAUUACUUUAAUCAGGCUUCACAAAAUCUUUCAUUAUUACAGUUCAUUUAGACCAGACAGUAAAGCAACCUGACAGUCAGUACUUUAUAUAUUUUCCAACAUUUACUUUUAUCUUAUGUAAUAUUCUGGUUGUAAUGAUGUCUGUAUGUGAGCUCGAUUUACUGAUAUUUUAGCUAAUUAUAGCUACAGUUUUCGAGCAACAUUCAGGACAUUUUAAUAUGCUAUGGAUUCUUAGACAAAAAAAUCCAACCCUGUCCCUUAUACGCCUGUGAUAGUAUCACAUAAACACUAAUGUAAUGAAGUUUUCUGAUCGCUAUAAUAGCUAAAUAAAUAAACAUUCUUUUCAGGUUUAGAGAACCUGUACGAUUUUUAGACCUGUAAGAGUUCUUAGUAAAAAAAAUGCACCAAAAAUCAGGGUACUGUAUUGAUAUGAAGAUAUUAAAGACAUUUCUGGAACAUUCUAGCAGUUUAACUAACCAGAGGACGGCACUGCAACUGCGCAUUCAGUGUCAUACUUAAAAAUGUGAAGCCAGCCAACUUGUUUAUUCAUCAAUACGUUCCACUGCUUUGCUUUGCUUAGAUUUUCUUCCCCCCUUUUUUUGCUUUGGAAAUUCUUUUACUAAUGUACUUUUAAUUUUUUCAUAUUUAGCAGAUUAUAAAUUCUUGUAUAUUCUAUAAAAGUAAUAUAUUGUGCAUCUUAUAGAAAUGUGUGUUUUG